CUGCCGCUCUGUGCUGCAGACGCUCCUCCGGUCCGGCGGGGGGCGCUGUGCCGCAGGCGGCGCCGCAGAAGCGCUGUGUGGGGUUUUUUUGUUUGUUCCCAGAGCUCCUCGGUGCGCUGUCCACUUCAGCACCACAAGCCGAGCAGAGGCAGCGGGCUAGCUAACACUGAAGAGGAGCCACUGAAGACGCAGCUCAACAUCAGCACCAGCACCGACACGAGUCCCAGAUACUGAAAAAUACUGAAAAAUACCCACCGAUACCCGCCAGAAAACGCCCACACCACCGAGGCAGAAGACUGCAGAAAAAGAGUUCAGUAAUCAUGUACGAUGCAGCGAGGGUGCCGUCUCCUAAGGAUGGCGCAAAUGGGGUGUCGCAGCCGGUGGUCCCCGGAGCAGGAACAGCUGCGGGGUCAGGAGCGCCCACGCCGACUGCAGUCCUACAAACUAAAGCUGAGGACGGACAGCCAGGUAUGGAGGAGGAGGAGGAUGAGGAUGAGGAAGAGGAGGAGGAGGAGGAGGAGGAGGAGCCCAAAGCAGAGCCCGUCCUGGUGAAGAAGCCGCACAGAGAGAUCCUGGACCAUGAGAGGAAGAGGAGGGUAGAGCUGAAAUGUAUGGAGCUCCAGGAGAUGAUGGAGGAGCAGGGGUACACAGAAGAGGAGAUCCGACAGAAAGUGAGCACAUUCAGACAAAUGCUGAUGGACAAAGAGGGCGUUAUCACCAGAGAAGGCUCACACACACAACCAGUGAUCAACCACCUGCACUACCCGCCUGACGAGUAUGAACAGAACCCUGAGUUGGCUGGUUAUGAAGAUGGAGACUAUGACCAAGAUUACCACAGUGACAACAGAGUGAAGAGGAAAUCAAGCAGCUCUCCAUCCCCGCGUCCAAAGAAAAGGAAGAAGAAGAAAUCCGGCCGCCGAAGGAGUCGGUUUGGCAGCUCCUCGCCCACUCGCAGAGAGAAGAAGAAAAAGAGUGGGAAGAAACACAAGCGAGACAGAUCUGCAUCUGGCUCCAGGAAAAAGAGAAGAUACAGAUCGGGCAGCCCAAAGAACAAACACAAAGACAAGAAUAAACAGAAAAAGAGGUCCCCCGGUGAGACCCCAGGUAGGAGUUCACAGCGUCAAGGCAGCUGCUGCAGCUCCCGCAGCGCCUCCCUGUCCUCCACCCGGAGCACCUCCAAAUCUCCCGCCAGACUGAACUCCAAGCACAAGACGGACGGACAUAAGGCGUCCGGCACCUCGCUGUCCCCGGGCCCCAACAGUCCCGCCACGUGGCACAACGGGGACCCCACCCAGCGAAGCCGCAACGGCAAGGCCAGCAGACUCAACCACGUCGAGGGCGAGAAAGGGCACGAUCUCCAUCUGCUGACUGCUAGCUCUGCAAGCAUCCAGCCCACUCUGCUGAGAGAGCACAAGCUCCACAGCGCCCCCAGCAGGAGCCACACGGGACCGACGUGUGCAGCAGGAGAGGCUGGGAGUGUGGUCGGCAGGAACACAACUGUAGGGAGCUCCGUAACCCAGACGCAAGGGAGGCGAGGGAGUCAGAGAGGCCAGAACAAGAGCUCCCACUCCCCUGCUCACAGCAGCGACUCAGCCCACUCCCAGCACAACCACGCUCACAAGGGGAGGAACUCUCGUCACCAGAGAAAGACAAAAGGAGGCCACUCUUCCAAGCGUCACCACCGCUCCAGUCGGGGUCAGGCACACCACCGGAGCCCGUCAGCAUCUCCGGGGCGACACACACACACGUCGGGCAGGAAGAAAGAGGAGUCUCGGAGCAAACCCAACCUCCGACAGCGCAGCAGCUCCUGGAGCAGCGGCCGUUCGUCCUCACACUCCGUAUCCAGAGACAGAGGCCCCAGCAAGGCCAAGUCCCCACACAACAGACAGAACAACUCCAGAGAGAGGGACAGCCCUAACCGCUCCGACACCGACAGCCGAGCUCGCCGCCGCUCACGCAGCUACUCACCCAUUCGCAAAAGGAGAAGAGACUCACCCAGCUUCAUGGAGGCUCGCAGGAUCACCAGCGCUCGGAAGCGGCCGAUCCCGUACUACCGGCCCAGUCCGUCCUCGUCCAGCUACGACAGCAGCCCGCCACGGUCCAGCCGCAGCCGUAGCCGCAGCUACAGCAGCUACAGCCGCAGCAGGAGCCACAGCAGGAGCCACAGCAGGAGCCACAGCAGGAGCCGGAGCCGGAGCUGGAGUCGGAGCCGCAGCCAGAGCCGGAGCUGGAGCCGCAGCAGGAGUCGCUCCCGCAGUCACCACAGUUACUACAGCCGCAGCAGCUAUGACAGCCCCGGCUUCUGAAACGACAACAAGCAGAUGGGAAGUCCUGUUUAAUCGACUGUGUUCCGGUUCAGUUAUUAUGUCUCUUUAUCAAGCCCUCGACAGCGGCCCGCGCUGCUGUUACAGUGCGGGGCUCAAACUCCUCGACCCACGACCAUUAUCCCUCCCUCACACAGAGCCUGGAUCAAAGAGGAGAAAGGUAUUCUGAUAGAGCACAUUACUAUGAAAUUGGGUGUCACUCUUCAUGUCUUCACAUAUCCAAGGUAUUCAAGGAAAUUGGUUACCACAUGUCAAAAAUUAAUUUGGUAGAGCCCAAAGAACAAAUCUUGCUGUAUGUUAGCACUUUCUUUCUCUUCUUCCACAAAACAACCAAAAACCAAUUCAUUAGAAACAAUAUAUAUAUAUAUAUAUAUAUAUAUAUAUAUAUAGACAUCCUAAAAGUAGGAGCUGAGUGGAAGACAAAAAGAAGACACAUCAAAGGUUUACUGUACAUUUCAGAGACUUUUUUUUCCCUUAUCAUAACUCAUCUCCCCAAAGACUUCCACGUCACUGAAGCACAGAGAUCAACAGAAGUGAGAACAAAAGAAAAGUCAGCGGAUUAACUAGGAAGCAAAAAAAGGAAAAAAAGAAGAAGAAAGAAACAGGAACUUUUUUUAUGAUGAAAAUUGUAUUGUAUAGGUUUGUCUGUAUAGAUGUAAACUCCUUUAAGUUCUGGCUUUGUAAACUAUGCACUGUAUAUUCCAUAUAGUUUGAGGAGGUUUGUUUAGCAUGAUGCAUCAGGAGAGACUUGCUGCUUGUAGGAGAGUCUUUGUCGAAAUGAAAGAUGCCCUCUGACCUCUGACCUAUACAGUAUGUCAGACACCUGCAUACAGAGGUGAAGAGAUGGUGACAAAACACGUAUUAUGUACUUUUACUCUUUUCCCCGUUUAAAUGAUUAUGUUGAUUCUGCUAAUCCUGUAUGAGUGUAUGUAUGAGUGCGUGUAUGAGUGUGUGUGUGUGUGUGUGUGUGUGUGUGUGUGUGUGUGUGUGUAUGUGUGUGUGUGUGUACCUCCUCUGCAAUGACCAGUGAGGUAAUAAUUCAUGUGUAUCCACUGUAGCCUGUGUCUACAGCUGCUGUAUGGUACUGUACAGGAAAACUGUCUGCAAAAAGCCUCCAUGCACACAUUUGCGUUGACCACAGCUAUUAUUACUAUAUUACUAUAUUUAUUAGUUUAUUUAUUGGGUUAUUUAUUAUUUAAUUUAUUUAUCAUCAUGAGCUGUAAAGCAGUUGGAUCAUGCUUUGAAGAUGAGAUUGCUGCAGAUGUAUUCCCAUGUUUUACACACAGUCGGUUUCUCGUUAUCAGAUUAGCGAGCAGCGAGUAGAUUCGCUGCUGUGUGUGUGUGUGUGUGUGUGUGUGUGUGUAAGAUUCUCUGAUUUUAGCCGGUUUAACUGAGUCUUCACCCACAGUUACCAUUAUGGUGUCCCCCUGCCUAUAGUAAUGGUUCGUUUUAAUGCAAGCCAUUGUGGCUCUGCCUGUACGGAGAAGCAAGCAACCAGCCUGAAGCCGAACCAAAACAUCUCCCUGUGUGGGAGAGACAGUCUGUUAUUCCCCAUACUGUAUGUUUCCAACCACCACGUACCCUAACCCCUUGUAUGAUGGGUCGCACCGUGUUUCUGAACGUCCCCUGGUUACGGGCUUCAGCCGGAGGAUAUGUGUAACUUUAGCAUAGCAGAGACAGCAGCAGCUCUGUGACGCCUCCUCUGUGUCCAGCUUCAGUAGUGCGUUAAAUAAACUGGCGAAACAAUCAGGGAUCACCCUAAGUCUUCCUUACCAUUCGUCCAGUCUCAUGUCACUCACACAGUGUUGCAUUCCCAGUGUGACCUAUAAACCCAACUAUAAUACUCUGCAAACCUGUUUUAUUCAAAGCAUAGCAUUUCCCCUUUGGUUCUACAAGUCAUUCUUUGUAAUGUACAAGUUAUUAUACCUGACAAUAAACAGAAACAAAUGGAGAAAUAAUGA